GAGAACGGGGUCUUGGAGGACAUGGAAGAGGACAUCAGCCUGAAGAAACGGAAAGGUGAUCACCACGGCAACAAAGACUUAGAGUCACGAGACUCCGGCCAGGAGGCUGAAGGAGAAAAGGUCAAGAAGCGCCGGGGACGACCUCCGGCAGAGAAGCUGCUCCCCAACCCCCCCGAGCUCACCAAGCAGCUGAGCACACUGGUGGAUAUGGUCAUCAACUACAAAGAUGGGUUGGGCCGUCAGAUCAGCAAAGGCUUCAUCCAACUGCCUUCAAGGAAGGAGGUGUCAGAGUACUACGAGCUGAUCCGAAAGCCUGUGGACUUCAGGAGGAUCAGGGAGCGUGUGCGCAAUCAUAAGUACAGGAGUGUGGGAGAUCUGGAGAAAGACAUCAUACUGCUGUGUCACAACGCCCAGACCUUCAACCUGGAGGGAUCUCAGAUAUUUGAGGACUCGAUUGUUCUCAAGUCUGUGUUUGAGAGUGCACGACAAAGGAUUGUCAUUGAUGAUGAGGUGAAACAGGACAGCACUGCCAUCCGUGAUGACGGAGGUCGAGACAAUCAGUUGGUUUCAUCAGCAGUGAAAAUGGCAACAAAGCAGGGGAAACAGAGGAUGAAGGAGGAGAGAAGCAGAAAGACGAAGGUCAAGAAGACAGUCUACAGUGAUGUAGACAGCGAUGAGGAUCUGGAGGACAAUACAGCUAAAGAUGAGGGUUGACCUGUAGGACCAACGCUAGUUCAUUUAUCCUCCUUAUCCUCUUUCUUUCUAUCCACUGUGACUGUUUUUGCGUUGCAGCUUAUUAAUUUGCUCACCUUGCAACAGGUUUGUCUCAUCUCAAGUCAAGAAAGCUACUCAAAGGAAUGUACAUAACUAAUAACAAAUUUUUUUUAUGAUGUUGCUCCCUCGGUCUUCAUGUGAAAGCUACUGUGUGUAAUCCUUAAUGCUUUACCAGAGGAUAUCUCUCCACUCUUUUUCCAUUAGUUGUUUAUUUAUUUGAACGUGUUAUUACUGUAUGUGUGAAAUUAGAAUGUAUUUCUGCUGAGACGGAGACCACCCUCAGAGAGUGGUGCCUGUUGAUAACAUCUCUAUGUGUUGUGUACAGGUAUGGGAGAUGUCAGAACAUGGUUGGUCAGCUCUUCAAUAUGACCACUCAAAAUGUGUGGAUUUAAAAUGAAAUUUGAUUCUGUAAUAAAACUCCAAAUAGGGGAAGUGUAUUUGAACAAUAUUGUGUAUUCUGAACGACCUGACAACCAACGUUGACUUCAAACUUAAUAAGCAGUUACAAACAGAUAAAGUUGUAUCACUUCAGGUGUAAGUUCUAUACUUUAUAUUCAUGGGCUUUUUGUAUUAUUUUGCGUCUUUUUGAGUUUGGCUUAGAGUGGCAACUAGCAAGUCCCAGGUGACAAACAAGAAAGAGAAAAAAAGAGAGCUCUCCCAGCAGGAGACAGUAUGGAUUUGUGUUGACGUCUUUUUUUAUUUUUUUCUCUUUUUUUUGGCUAGAAAAAGCAACCCGCUGGGACCCCGAUUCUGGCAUGAAGAAGUUUGUGUACAAGUCGCUACAGUUCUUCUGUACUAAUCCUGCUUUGUGUAAAAAGAAAGGCAGACAUCAGUGUAGCCAGCAGAAACAUAUUCUAUACCCAAGGACUGAUUAUACAGUAUUAAUAUGUUUAUGUUGUUUAAAUUGCAAAUCUGGUUGUACCCAUUCUUAUGCUUAUCACUCUUUUUAUAUGUAGGACAAUGCUGUAGCAAUGCACUUAGCCAUCCACUAUGCUUGUAUAGUCUCAGCCAGGAGAGGCGAGAAAGAAAAAUGAACUGCAUUUGGGCUAUUAUAUGUCACUCUCUCUGAGGAAAGUAUAUGAUGUGAUGUAAAAUGUGUCUGAAUCUCUUGCAUCUUUCUUUAUCAACAUUGAAACAACGUCGAAUGCAUUAUGCAAGGAGUAGAUUUUUGCAUAGUACGGGAUCUAAUCUGAUCUGAUUGCAUUCUGUUUGUUUUGUGAUAUGAAAGUCUGCUUUUUACAACCCACCCUUCCUCUUUCAAUCAGCUCAAUACACAUGCAAUCAAUCAGAAGCAGACUACAACAAAUUCAAUAUUUAUUUGUGAAUCCAUUUCAUUUGAGUAAGUGUUCUUGUUUCAAUAUGCUAAACCAGAUUUUCUUUGCACAACCAGAUUUUCUUUGUACACUACAGAUCUCUGAAUAAGUAAUGGGUUUAGUGCAAA